UUUAACCUACAAUAUAAAAGUACCGAAAUAAUAUACACUGCAUUUAACUAUGAUUUAAGUUAUUUAAAAGUUGAAAGAAACGUGUUGCUACUAAAGUUAAAAGUUUUGUAUUUACUGCGAAAUGGCAUUGUUACUGGGGCGAAGGUUGCUCAAUAAUAAGACUUUACUGAAAACUCAACGAAGACAUGGAUAUAUUGUGCUUGUGCCAGAAAUAGGAGAAGACUUGCCAGACAAAAAUCCUCUGGUGCAGGAAGAUGGGUUACCACAAUUUAAUAAGGUCACAAUAGAGAAUUGCAUGGCUGCAAUUGGUCGACAAACAUUAGAUUUUGAGAAUGAUGUUAAGAAUAUUGAGAAAACCUUAGAGGAUGGACCAGAGAAGGCUGAUUUCUUUAAAGAUAUUAUUGAUCCUUUGGAGAAGAUGGGGACAAGUUUGGAUAUGACCUGGGGUUUGUCGAAAACUUUAUACUUGGGAAAUAGUUCAUUGAUGCCAACAAAAUCUUACCUUGCAAUACAUGAUAGGGCUAAAAAGGCCAGAGCAACCAAAUAUAAUAGUCCAUUGAUAUACAGGGCUGCACAAAGCAAUGUUAAGAAAGUGGAAGUUGGGAGUGAGGAGGAGAGGGUUGUGAGGAAGUUUGCACUUGAGGGAAAGCUUAAUGGCAUGAAUUUGGAUGGGGCUUACAGGGCUCAACUAGAUUUGAAUUUGAAUAAAAUGCUCAUCGAGAGGCAGAAAUUUAAAGUUAAAAUUGACGCGAUGACGAAAAAGUUUAAUCACAGGGUUUCUGAUUAUGAUUUCUACAAGGAAUUGCCGAAGAGUCUGACGGAUGCGAUGCCCGGUGGUGCUCUCACGCUUAAUCCUCACGUGGUGAACGGUUUCAUGGAAUACUGCCCGGAGCGCGAAUGGAGAUGGAACGUGUGGCAAGCUUUGGUCAGCAGAGGCUCCGGAUAUGGUGAUAAGGAAUUCGAGACGAGUACGCAUAUGGAGGAAAUCAGGUACUUGAGGAGAGAUCAGGCGAAGAUCUUGGGUUUCAAGAAUUACGCAGAGAUCUCGAUGGAAACUAAAAUGGCAGGCAGCGUGAAUAAUGUUAUGGAUACCUUCGAGGCUCUGCUGAAGCAGGCCAAGGUAGCACAGGACAGGGAAUUGGAGGAGAUGCACGCGUUUGCUCUGAACAGAGGUUUCGAGGGGAGCAGGAUCGAGUUGUGGGACUUUCAGUAUUGGAGACGAAAGCAGUGCCGCAGUCUCUUCGAGUACGACGAGGAGAAGUUGAAGGAAUAUUUCCCGAUGCCUAAGGUGUUGGACGGUUUGUUCGAUCUUUGCGAGAAUUUGUUUAACAUCACAAUCAAGCAACGACAGAACGUUCCUACAUGGCACAAAGAUGUUAAAUACUAUGAUGUGUUCGAGACGCAUAGUUCCGCCCCUGUUGCCGGUUUUUAUUUCGAUCCGUACGCACGUUCCGACGAGAAGAUGCUCGGUGUACAGACCAACGGUUGGAUGGUUGGUAUUCAGAAUCACAGCAGGAUAGCCGAAACUAAGCCUCUCACCGCUCUGGUAUUCAAUUUCGAAGCACCCACAACCGAAGUACCUUCACUGCUGAGCAUGAAGGACCUACAAGUGCUCUUCCACAAGUUCGGUCAAGCUUUGCAGCAUCUGCUCAGUCGCACUACCUACUCAGAAGUGUCCGGUCUAUCGAACGUCGAGUGGGAUGCCGUCGACGUAAGCGGCCACUUCCUCUCCUCCUGGUUAUACAAUAAAGACACUUUGAGCAGGAUCAGUUCGCAUUACAUGAGUGAGGACAAGCUGCCGGGACACACGCAGGAUUCGUUGAUCAAGGUGAGACAGCUCGGUGCGGGCACCGAACUAUGCAAGGAACUUUACCUCUCCGCUCUCGAUCUCGAGAUCCAUAGCAGCAAAGACUUUUGGUUGGACAUCGUGAAGAGGCUGUGGCCGCAGUACCGCAGUUUUCCUCUCCUUAAGCACGACUCGCACGCGACCUCUUUCACGCAGAUUUUUUACGAAGAAUGGGCUGCAGCAUAUUACUCCCACACCUGGUCCAAAAUGAUUGCGGCCGAUGUGUACAGUGCGUUCCACGAGGUCGAGGGUCAGGAGCAGGCGAUCGCCGACGUCGGCAAGAGAUUCAGAGACACGUUCCUGGCCUCAGGAGGCGGUUGCCAUCCCAACCAAGUCUUUAGGAAUUUCCGGGGUCGUGACCCCUCGCCAAAAGCACUGCUCGCAGCACUAGGCUUAAAGGAUAAAACCAAUUCCAUCAAGGAAAUUGAAUGAUUGUUUAGAUUAAUUAUGUUCUAGUGAUUGUAAAUAUUAAUUAUUAAAGUUUUCGAAA